AUGAGUAAAAAGGACAAUGGUGCGUCUGUGAUCCUUGCUUAUCUGAACGAGAAGAACCGGCCGUACAGCGCUCAGGAUGUGUUUUGCAACCUACAGAAACAACACGGUCUGGGCAAAACAGCGGUGGUCAAAGCCAUGGAGCUACUCGCUGUUGAAGGGAAGAUCAAAGAGAAAAUGUACGGCAAACAGAAGAUAUACUUUGCAGAUCAGGGGCAAUUCAAAGAUGUUAGUGACGAAGACCUGAAGGGGAUGGACGCUCAGAUCACGAAGCUCAACGCAGAGCUACAGACACUCACACAAAACUGCAGACAAUUAGACUCAGAAUUAAAAGAACUGAACAACUCCCUGACGACUGAGGACAUCACCAAAGAGAUCAAGCUGCUGAAGGAAGAGUGCUCCGGGUUCAAAACAAGACUGGAGAAGAUCAAGUCUGCUACGAACCACGUCACACCAGAGGAGAAGGAAAAGGUUUACAAAGAGAGAAGUCUGUUUGUCAAAGAGUGGAAGAAGAGGAAGAGACUGGCGUCUGAUAUGAUGAACUCUAUUCUUGAGGGUUACCCAAAAAGCAAAAGAGAGUUUCUGGAGGAGGUCGGCGUGGAGACGGACGAGGAUUAUAAAGUCAUCAUCCCAACUAUUUAA